AUGAGGUCAUUCAAGAAGGUCUCCUCAGGCUCAGCAGGGCGAGGUAAAGGUGGAGACGAGCCGGAGUUGCCGGAGCAGGAAGAAGAGGAGGAAUCCCAGGUUUUGCACGGAACCGGCCAUUGCAAAUGGUUCAAUGUGAGAAUGGGAUUCGGGUUCAUCUCCAUGAGCAACCGAGAGGGAAGCCCCUUGGAGUCUCCAGUUGAUGUCUUUGUACACCAAAGCAAGCUUUACAUGGAAGGAUUUAGAAGCCUAAAAGAAGGAGAACCAGUGGAAUUUACUUUUAAGAAAUCUUCCAAAGGCCUUGAAUCAAUACGGGUAACAGGCCCUGGUGGGAGCCCCUGUUUAGGAAGUGAAAGACGACCCAAAGGGAAGACAGUACAAAAAAGAAAACCAAAGGGAGAUAGAUGCUACAACUGUGGUGGCCUCGACCACCACGCUAAAGAAUGUAGUCUACCUCCACAGCCAAAGAAGUGCCAUUACUGUCAGAGCAUCACGCACAUGGUGGCGAACUGCCCCCAUAAAACUGUCUCUCAGCAGCCCACUAGUUCUCAGGGAAGACAUGAAGCUGAACCUCAACCUUCCACCUCUGCUUUCUCAAGAGAAGGGGGAGGAACGCACGGCUACUCGUCUCCAUCGUACUCUCAGGAGGGCAGGUCGGAGAUCUCGGAGCGCUCAGGCAGGUCACCACAGGAAGCUUCGUCAAGUAAGUUGUCUGCAUCACCCGAAGAGCCAAGCAGAAAGGGGCCUUCUGUUCAGAAAAGGAAAAAAACUUAA